UAAAAAGCUUUUUCCUUGCCUCCUUCCUUCACAAAUAUCACAGCCUGUCAAAAUUAGCCUUUGAAAACUAUUUUAACUUCCAUCACUAUAUAUUAUUUUUUAUUAAUCCUUAUUUAAUUUAAGCAUUUCCUUAGCUGUGAUUGUGAAUUCCCAUUAUCCCUCUCUCCUUCUCUUUCCUUCUCUCUGUAUAUCUCUCUAGCUAUCUCUUCUUCCACACAGCUUUAGAGUCGUAAUAUUUGAUUGUUGACAAAACAAAUCCUAUAGUAAUCUCUCAGCUUUUGGGUUAUGCUUGGACCAAAUUGGUAAAAAAGCAUAUGGUAAGGUAAGUGUGCGUCUUGAAGAGUUUCUCUUAAGUGAGUUUUGUGGCAUGAGCAUAGAACAUGUGAUCAAUGAGCUUCUUUGGAGAAAAUCACAGCUUGGCCACUCCUCUUUUCAGGCAUGGGAACAAAGAUCAUUGAGCGAAUUACAACAAACCCACGUGGAUUAAAGAGUGUUGAUCAUAGUGGAUUCAUCAGAUUUGUUGUUAAUGGUCGACAAGAAUCGUCAAAGGAGACGUUGACAGACGAGAAAGAGGAGGAAGAAGAAGAAGGGGUUUUUAUUUUAAGGUCAAUGGAUAGGUUUCUUGAAAAACAAAAUGCUGAAUCCAUCAGAAGUACAAUGCAAGCCCAAGAAGAUAUUUUUAAGCAACAGGUACGAGAGCUACAUAGAGUAUAUAAUACACAGAAAAUGAUGAUGAAUCAACUCAAACAUAGAAGACAAUAUUGGACUGUUAACAACAAAGACCAAACCGGUUCACGAGAGAGGACCGGAAGUUGUUCAGGCAUAGACCUCGAAAAUGUGGUUAGAGCAACACAAACGACGACGGAUCAUAUCGAAGAGAGCGAACUCGAAUUGACAUUGAGCAUUGGGUUGUCUUCUUCAUCUACUACUAUGACCACAACGACGAACAAGGACAUGGACUAUUCAUCAACAACGUCGAUGAGAUCAUCAUCGGAUAAUUGUAAUAAUCAGAGCAAUAAUAAUAACAAUAACAGUAAUAAUAACCAAGAAAGUAGCGGACCAAACACGCCUAUGAGCAGCUCAAGUACGACGUCGUUGGAUCGAGAGAAGAAGAGACCUCAUUGGCUCUUUCAAGGACUUAGUAUUAACCGAACCUCUUCUUGAUUUUUGUUAAUUCACUGACUCUUUCUUUUUUCUUCUUCUUGAUUUUUCUUUUUGUUUCUGAUUUAUCAUUAUUAUUAAUUAUUUACUAGAUUUACUGAUUUCACUUUUAGGUCUAAUUAUUCUUCUUCGUUACUGAACUGAUAAACCAUUGACAAAAUAAUCCAUUUAGUGUUUUGUUUUCUUUUCA